UAUGUAUUGUUUGGUGCAUGAGAUGUAAGAUAAGAGCUUUGUACAUUUUUACAAGUGGACAUGACCUAUACAAACAAUUGGAGACCUUAGCUAAAACUUCUAACAUAGUUCAUGGAAUUGUGCUACUAGUUUUUUUCCGGCUGCAUGAUACAUAUGCACUUGCAUGAAAAGGUAAAACACUGAGGACCAAUGGAGGACAUUCUCAAAAAUCCAAAGAAUUAUAAAAUCAACGAGGGAUUCCGUUAUGUCGAAGAUAAUCUAUAUUGUGAGGAAAUCCGUGUUUGUGAUUUAUUAGAUUCUGAAGUCUCCGGACAAACCAUUACAUCACCAGUUUAUGUCUACAGCAAACGACAGAUCGAAACCAACAUCAACAAUUACAAAACAGCAAUACAGAAAUCGGGACGCAACAUGCAGCUUAAUUACGCCGUGAAAGCCAACAUGAACCCCUCUAUUCUAAAGCUGAUGAAGAAACACGGUGUGUCUUUAACACUAGUGAGUGGUUCCGAGCUCCGCCUAGCGUUAACACUUGGAUUCGAACCGGGAACUCUUGUAUUGAACGGUAACGGGAAGCUUGAUUGGGAGGUGGAUCUUGCGUGUAAAUGUGGCGUCCUUAUUAAUGUGGACAGUCUGUUUAAUCUGAGGCAGAUCAUACGAGUGUGUCAGGCGGGGGGAUAUGUGGCCCAUGUGUUAUUCCGAAUUAAUCCAGAUAUUGACCCGGACGUUCAUUCAUAUUUAUCAACGGGACAAAGUGGCUGCAAAUUCGGAAUAACGAAUGAAGAGCUAGACAGCGUGAUACAGAUGGCGUGGGAAUCAGAGAGAAUUCGAGUUCUUGGGCUUCACUGUCACAUUGGCUCUACCGUUCACGAUGUCGAAAACUUCAGAAAAAGCACUCGUAUACUUGUGGAUUUGUUUGAAAAAUUAAGAAACCGGUUUCGUGAUAUGAAGAUUUUGAAUUUAGGCGGAGGAUUAGCUGUUCCGUAUAAAGAACAGAUUUUGGUACCAGAAAAGAUUAAGCAUGAGCUCCAUGUUGAAUUUGACAGUUGUGAGGAUCCAAAUAAAUUGAAAUUAUAUGAAGAUCUUAUCAACAACAGAGUUACUCUUCCCACAUUUCUCAGUACGCUUCAAACAUAUCCCGGAGGCGAGACGACAGUAUCAAAAUUACGACAGCAACUGCACAAAGAAAUGCUUGCACCAAAACCAGAUGAUCUGGUUAAUUCUGUCUGUGAUAUUUUGCCAACUGAUACCAUUGCUAUUCUAGAACCCGGUCGUUCAAUGGGUGUCAAUUCCCCCAUUCUUUUGUCACGUGUUCUAGGAACAAAAAUAUCAACACAGAAAAAUUACAUCGUAAUCGAUGGAUCAAUGACAGAGGUAAUUCGGCCGUGUUUAUAUGACGCUUACCAUCACAUUGAAUUAGCAGAACCCAGCCAAGUGAAAGCUUGUAACCAGUCAGUGUUAGAUUGGGACAUUGUUGGUCCAGUGUGUGAAAGCGCCGAUUUCCUUGGAAAGGGUCGUAAGAUGGUAACGCCACAUGAAGGUUGUGGCAUCGCAGUUUUUGACACCGGAGCAUACUGUAGCAGCAUGUCCUCAAAUUACAAUAUGCGGGUUCGACCAGCAGAACUACUUGUAGAUGGGGAUAAAGUUGAAAUCAUUCGAAAAUGUGAAACUUUUGAAAAUAUGAUGAACUGUUAUAAUGUGUAGAACUAGUCUAAAUUGUAAUGUACAUAUUUACUGCUUUUUGUGAAGAAUAAAAUGCACGGGCAAAAACUGUGUUAGUUUAAUCUUAAAUUCGUUUAAGAGUUGUUGUCCUUGACGUUACUAUUCCUUUAAACUAUGCC